CUGUGGAAGUUGGCUCAGGGUAGGAGAGAGGAAGUGGGAGGAGAUGGGGAUGAGGAGGAAGGGGGGAGUGCUGAUUUGCUCAAAUCGGUUGCCGCCGCCUACCCGGCCUCGAAGGCACGCGCUUUGCUCAAGGAAGCAUUUAAAAUCCGCCAACUCUCGCGGCGGCAAGUCGAGGCCGCUGUUCGAAAAGCAGCCAAAUUGUGCCAAGGCCAGCGUACCUUCACUGCGUACAGCCAGGUGAGGGCGGAGUUCGAGGCACGUCGAGUUGCUGCGGCCGCCACUGCUCCUGCCAAUAACCUUGCUCACGUCAACGUCUCUAAUCUGGCCAGUGCGGAAGAGCUGGACUUCCUGAUGCAAGCCGUGAGAGAUGAAAACAUUGCACAAUUUUCUUUGCCCAAGGUCAUCUUCUACACAGAACGUGAUGGUUGCUCUUUGCGCAGCCUCUAUCGCCUAUGUGGUCUCCAUGCCGAGGCGACCGGUCGCCCGCAAACCAUCCUUCUCGUUGCUACAGCCUCGAGGGAGGGUCUCUUCGGCGCAUUCGUCACCCAUCGUUGGUCUACUGAGGAGCGAGGCUUCUAUGGCAGUGGAGAAAGCUUCCUUUUCCGUCUGCGACCCACUCCCGAAGUUGUGUAUAAGUGGAGAAUGUCAAGUGCCUUGGAGUACUUCCAACAAGCGACGGAAAGUGCUCUCGAAGUGGGCGGCGGAGUAGACGGAGGCCCACCAGGUCUACGACUGGAUGCAGGAUUGCAGAAUGGACAGUCAGGACCCAGUCCCACCUUCGGCAGCGAAUGCCUAGUUACUGCACCGAAGGACCGAAUCAACGAGGGUCGUUGCAGGAACGAAAAGGGUGCUGAAUACUGCUCCUUUAACGUGGCUGCUGUGGAGGUGCUAGGAUUUGUUUGUUCAAACUCCUUUUUGGCUUAG